AUGGAAGAACUUAAAACGACAAACCCCGUAUUGAAACAUGAAAAAYGAUCGUGAUCUUCAUCGUAAACUUUCUGACUGGGACAAUCAUGUACACAGUACAAACGUGCCACCAUACCACACAUUGAUCGAUUAYCUAUGUCGUAGAAUUAUUUCAUCUCGCUGUUUGGUUCUGGUGGGGUGCGUCGUUAGAUUCUUAUUAAGAUGUUUGCUGUAUUUCCUGGGAUUUGAAGAAGCGCAUAAAAGAAAAAUAUUUUCCUCUAAUCUUAUUCGUUUAAGAAUCCAAGAAGACCAUGACAAAGAUGCCAUUAACAACUGCUGGUAUUGCCCRAAGUUGGCAGACGAUAGGUUUGGACUUCGCCCAGGAGAAACAAUCCUSGAUGCUAGCASUCUACCCAACCAAGUACAAAUAUCAUACGCUAUKRUAAUACGAGGGCUUGCUCACGAUCCAUCGACCUCUAUUCUUGAUGGCCUUGGCGAAGACAAUAAUAAUAAYAACAAGAAUGUUAGUCCAGGUCGACUUAAAGAMGACUUUAAUUCUCCCAUGGUGCACCGCGCUGCCUUAYUAAUUCUUUCGAUACUGAAAGCGCGAGAGUUUUAUUGUGGAGACCAGUUUAACCCUGAUAUGUACAGAGAAAAACCAUUGACCAUGCAGUGGUAUAGUUAUUUGUUUGGUACAUCGAUACAAUUUCAUCGUGAACUCAUUGAAAGGUACACUACGUCCAGGGAAUUUUCCAGGCAUAUAGUGGUGAUAUAUCAGGAAAAGUUGUACAAAGUACAUCUGAUAAGGAAAGAUGUUAUGGGCGAAGAUGUGAUGCCCACAUAUGAAGAAAUUAAGAGACAAAUGGAACGAGUUGUUCAGAUGUCCACUGAUAAAUCAGCAUUAUGUGUAAAUCCAUUGACAACACUUCCAGCAAAGGAACGCUACUUACUUGAACAGAAUCUAAGAGAGGCCAGUGAUAGAAAUCGUUACAACUUCGGCAUUAUUCGAGACUGUUUACUAGUGGUUUCUUUAGAUUCCGAAGAUUCGCCGAGAAUGGCUAACGAGACMCUGUAUUUUCUGCAUUCUAAGAAUUUUUCAAACCGUUGGUAUGACCGUAGCGUUAAUCUUGUGGUAUUUAAAAAUGGAGUUGCUGGUUUUGUAAUGAAUUAUUUGUGUGGUAUGACUGGGACUGUAGUAUCGUCGUUUGUUCAAUUGAUUAAACAAUUUGAAGAGGAAAUUCUGCAAAAGUUACAAGAAGAGAAUUCAGCUAAACAUGAUCAAAUCAAGCUGAAAGAAUUAAGCUCACCAUCUCUUCUAUCAUGGGAUGACACGGAGGACAGCACCAUUUCCAGGAAGAUGAAGCUGGUACGAAGCUUAAAAAAUCAAAGUUGUCCUUUCACCCCAUCAUGCCCAGCUAUGUUUAAACUACGAUGCGAUGCAACAAGAGAUAAAUUGAUCUGUUUAGGUGUCAGUCCAUCAGGGACUUUUCAAGCUGCUCUACAGCUUGCRCUAAUGCAAAUGUGCAAACGACCGAUGGGUGUGUUUGAGAUUAUCAGUAUAAGGCACUUCAAGUUUGGAGGYCUGGCAUGGAUGGAAACAAACACCGCUGAUAUGAGACUAUUCAUAACCGCAGCUUYAGAAUAUCUCGCAAACCCAAAUCCUGGUUCUAAAGCAGCACUUAAAGCAUUACUUCUUGGUGCGAUUAAGUUGUACAGAGAGGACGUUUUACGACAUAAGAAGGGGGAAAUUAGUUUGUGGCAUUUGGAUGCCAUUUAUUGCGCUCUUGGCUUACAAACUCGUCUUCCUGGCCAGCGAAGUAAAGCGAAAAAUUUGAGGUCAUUUUUACAGCAGCCUUUAAUUGACUAUCUAAGAMGUUGUGGAGAUUAUAACGCGGUUUUGCCGCCGCGUGUGGCAGAAACGCUUACGUCAAACCCUAGCUGGAAUCCAGCAGUUGAAGCAGUGGGUCGUGUAGGGGCAAAGAGCAUGUUACCUUUAGGAGUUCAUUAUUUAUUCAGCCRGACAUCGAUCGCCGUUACUGUCUGUAGUUCCAAAUCCCAUCCCUGCCAUAGAAAGCACAAAGAGUUCGCAAAGGAACUCGACAAAGCCUUUAAAUUCAUCAUAGAACUGCUUACUGAAGACGAUCAAGGAUAAAUGAUAGGAAAUAUUUUUUUAGGAAAUAUCAAGUCUUUGAAUUAGAUAGAGUCUAGGAUGUAAUGGGUAACUUGGGCUUAGUGUUACGAGUACAACUAAAACUUAGCUACGCAUGCAUUGCAAAUUAUGAUGUACACAGCUACAACUUUACCACCAUUCACAACUAUAAACUGCUCCAGGUCUACUUAAAAAAACAAUUUGAGUGAAACUGCCCUUAAUGUAGCAGUGGCUAACACAUUCUCUUAUAGAAAAUCUGCAAUAUUGGGGAUAAAAUAUUUUAAAUUCAAUAAACAGAACAACACUCUUUUAAAUGA